AUGUAUCACAGACAUUACUCCACGAUCUACCAACCAAUAACGCAAACAAUGGGCAACUGCUGCGGCAAGGGCGCAUCGGACGAGAACUUUCAGGGCGAAGGCCGAACAUUAGGUGCGCAGCCUACAACUGCCACAGCUCCAGCAAAGAGCGCCAGCGCUGCUGCGCCGCACAAGAUCAGCUCACAAGGACGAACACUGGGAAACAGCACCAGCACGCCAAACGGCGCAGAGGCUCCCGGCGCAGCAGCAGCAAGGGCGGCAGAGGAACGUGUGCAAGCCUCACGAGGCAAAGGCAAACUUGGCAAACAAUUAGACGCCCAACGAUCACAAACACAAGCGACAACGCUAGCUGCUACAGCACGCGACAAUGUGGCUGCGCGAGAAGCCGAUGCUUUAGCCCAGACGAGGAACUACAAUUGA